AUGGUGUUAGUUAACCGACAUCAGGAUGCUAGUCAAAUUGUCGAUCAACAUCGACAAGAAGACUUAGCAGUAGAAAAUAAUUUGACAACUAUCGUUGAAAAAAUUAUGGACAGGAAUGGUAUGAGUGCCACAUUGCAAAGGCCACUAUAUGCUUCCCCAUUGGCUGAAUUUAUUCUCCAAACCGAGGCACCUAGAGGAAUGAAAGUGCCUAAAUACAUUAAGUUUGGGGGAGAAUCUGGUGAGUCGACAAUAGAACAUAUUUCCAGAUAUUUAACAGAGUCAGGAGAUUUGGCUCAUAAUGAGUGUUUGAGAGUAAAAAACUUUCCGUCCUCUUUGACUAAGGCUGCCUUCACAUGGUUCACUUCUUUGGCCCCAACUUCGACUGAUUCGUGCGCAAAGUUAGAAAAGAAGUUCCAUGAACAGUUUUACGAAGGAAACUCCAAAAUCAGUUUGGCAGAAUUGUCUAGCAUUAAGAGAAGGUUUGCUGAGAGUAUUGACGAUUAUCUGAAUAAAUAG